GCCAUGGCGUGCAGGGCGCUGAGCGGCCGGGCCGGGCCACCCUCCCCCAGGCUGACGCGCCGCUUCCUCUUCAUCUUCACGCUGUCCCUGUCCGGCACCUACCUGUGCUACAGCCUCCUGCGCUGCGCCGGGGGGCCCCUGCCCGGCCCCGAGCGCCGCUGCCUCCCCGCCCGCAGCGCCGGCGCCAAGAAACUUCUGCAGAAGUCCCGCUCCUGCGGCCGGGAGCCCGGCGAGCCGGGGGGCGCGGCCAGCCCCUGGGGGCGCACCCGGAGCGGCGAGCCGGCGUGGGGCGGCCCCCGGGGCGCGGGCCAGGAGGCGCCGCCGGCGGGGAACGGCUCCGGCCCCGCCAAGCUGGGCAGCAAGCGGCUCCCGCAAGCCCUCAUCGUGGGGGUGAAGAAGGGCGGCACCCGCGCCGUGCUGGAGUUUAUCCGGGUGCACCCCGAGGUGCGCGCCGUGGGCACCGAGCCCCACUUCUUCGACCGGCACUACGAGCGCGGGCUGGAGUGGUACAGAAGCUUGAUGCCCAGGACGCUCAGCAGCCAAAUCACAAUGGAAAAGACACCCAGUUACUUUGUCACCAAGGAGGCCCCACGGCGGAUCUUCAACAUGUCCAGAGACACCAAGCUGAUCGUGGUGGUGCGGAACCCGGUCACCAGGGCCAUCUCGGACUACACGCAGACGCUCUCCAAGAAGCCCGACAUCCCCACCUUCGAAGGGCUGUCCUUCCAGAACCGCAGCCUGGGGCUGGUGGACACCUCGUGGAACGCCAUCCGCAUCGGGAUGUACGUGGUGCACCUGCAGAACUGGCUCCAGUACUUCCCCCUCUCCCAGAUCCACUUUGUCAGUGGGGAAAAGCUGAUUACAGACCCGGCCGGGGAGAUGGGCAAAGUGCAGGACUUCCUGGGCAUCAAGCGUGUGAUCACGGACAAGCACUUCUACUUCAACAAGACAAAAGGGUUUCCUUGCCUGAAAAAAACAGAGAGCAGCACUUUACCACGCUGCCUGGGCAAGUCCAAAGGGAGAACUCAUGUGCAGAUAGACCCUGAGGUGAUAGAGCAGCUCCGGGACUUUUAUAGACCAUAUAAUAUUAAAUUCUAUGAAACCGUUGGGCAGGACUUCAGGUGGGAAUAA